AUGGGGGUGGAGAUCAUUUACAAGACGUUGAAAGGCCAUCAAGGCUGCAGACAUGCACAUAGCCGACAAGGCAAGGAAAGCAUUGCCUGCAAGGACCUCUUGACUGUGUCACUGACAGAUAUCCAGCAGGUCUGCGUGUUGCUGAAGAUUCCCAGCUUGUUCAAUGAAGAACCUGGCUCUUCAUGCAAAGUGCGUGGCUUGCAGUCUUCUGCUUCAUUCUCACAGCAGUGCCGUGGGACGCGACUGACGCUGUUCGGUUACUCCUUCUUACUUCGAUAUCCGAGCUACCCAGUCGUGCACCAAGUUAGUCGUGUCGCCAGCUUGCUGUAG